AUGGUUCGCGGCGCAGAGUACGACAACGGUGUCCCCCAGAGCGACAACCCCAUCGAGAACGGUCCCAACAAGGCCCACGGUGUCGGCGAUGAGCCCGCAGACUUGACCCGCUCCCACAAGGCUGCCCCCAUGCCAGAAGAGACUGGCUCCGGCCGCGACGUUCACCCUGGUUUGCCUACCGCUGGUUCGGCUCAUCCCCAUGGUGGUGCGGCGAAGCCCACUUCUCUUGAUGAGAAGAACACUGGUGGUAAAUAA